CUUCCUAGUUCCGGUUCCGGCUCCCGUCGGCCGCGCCACCCUCGGGAAGGUCGCGCAGGGCGGACGAGUGGCCGCUUCGUCUUGCCCCUAUCAUGUUUUCCACCGGUGUCCGCCGCUUCGCUACCUCCGCCAUCCGCCGCAGCCACUAUGAGGAGGGGCCCGGGAAGAACCUCCCGUUCUCUGUGGACAACAAGUGGCGGCUGCUGGCAAUGAUGUGCGCGUUCUUUGGGAGUGGGUUUGGUGCCCCUUUCUUCAUAGUCAGACACCAGCUCCUGAAGAAAUGAAGAGGACAGGCUGUAGCUGCACUAGCUGGUCCAGGUGCUGAAGUGUUGUGGUCUGCAGUUGCAUAAUAAUAAAUGAAACAGUGAGCAGGUGGAAGUUUGUGUCACAGAGCUGCUGCACUCGGUGGUUUGUGACCUUUGCCUCCCUCUAAGAGGCCACUCCUCUCUGCAUGCAGUUUCUGACUGUAACAAAAACCAUGCCUGCUUCCUCCCCUGAGGAGGUGAAAAGGUGCACCUGGUGUGACCUGUGGGAGUCACUGGCACGUGUGAUGUGACAGAACAGGAUGAGAAACUGUGAUGCUGUAAACGCUUUCUGAUGUGCCAGACAAAGGUCAGGGGAAAAUUGCAUUUUCCUGAACCUCUAUCAAAGCAGUCUCACCAUCUAUGUUGUUCACAGGUUAC